AUGACUAUACAACAGUUUUACUUGCUGGGCGAUGAUCCCUCAUCCUCCAGGCCUAUCGAAGUUGAAGCGACACUUGACAUCGAUGGCCUCAAGGGCCUCAUAGCAGCAAAUUUUGCUAUUGUUGAGUCGAGUGGGGUCGGCUUUCUGAGCCAAGAUCGGGCAUUGCUUGAUGUCACAAGAGUGAUUACGGCGCCGGGACAGGUUGCUAUUACCAUCGAUGGCCACGAAGUUCGUGAUCCACCCGGGCCAACCGGAUUGCCCUAUGUUGGAAACUACUUCGAGGUUUACCCUGAUCACCUCGGUAAUCACCAACGUCUUUUCGAACAAUUUGGACCGUUGAUCAAGACCACCAACAUGGGCCGAACCAUCUAUCAAACCAAUAGUCCGGAGAUAUCCGCCAUCGUCUUCACCGAGUCCGAUUUCUUCACCAAAAGGAUCAACGAAGCCCAUCCGCUUUAUGCCCUAAAAACACCAGCUGCCGGAGUGUUCCUCGGUGAUACCGAUACCCCUGAGUGGAAGGUCGCCCAUAAGUUCCUUCCUCCUGCGCUUGGCCCAAAAGCAGUUCGUCACUAUGCUCCAACAAUGCAGAAGACGGUUGAGGAAUCUUUCCGUGUCUUUGAUGCUUUUGAUCAAGAUGGAGAGGCAUGGAACGUCUAUCAUUAUAUGUUAAAGUUAGGCUCCCAGGCCGUUGGCAAACUGACUCUUGGCCUGGACUUUGAGCAUUUCAAUGAGCCCGACACUCCACUGCAUGAAAUGGUCCAUCUCAUUGCCGAAGUUCUGUCCUUGAACAAAAAGGUCACUUCCAAAGGUGACUGGUAUGCAAGAAUGCCAUUUGGGGAUGCUCAGAGGCUAAAGCGCACAAAGGCACGUGUUGAGCAAAUGGUGGAAGAAUCAAUCCAAAAGGCCGCAAGAGCUGGCGUUGAGGAUCUUCCCCUCCAGGACGCCGCACUCAAGGCUUCUAAUAUGGUUGACUAUGCCAUUCGUGCCGCCGAUAGCAAGGGAGAAAAACUACCCAAGUCAAGCUUGGUAUGGGCACUCGUCGUCGCAACCGGUGCUGGAUUCACUACAACGAGCUCUCUUCUCUCGUGGCUUGUAUACGGCCUUGUUACCUAUCCAGGAAUGCAGGAACGACUUUUGCAGGAGCUUAUCGAUCACGAUAUCGAUGAAAAUACGGAAAUUACAGCGGAUGUGACGGAUCGGCUGGAAUUCCUAGACAAGUACAUCAAGGAGACUCAACGUCGGCACAACCCUUCGUUCCAGCCUGGUCGUACAGCCAAAAUUGAUUUGGUUCUCCCUGGGGGCUACAGACUACCGAAGGAUGCCGUUGUGAUUCCCGCGCUGCACCAUAUUCACAAUAAUCCGGCCCUAUGGGACAACCCACAGAGGUUUGAUCCCGAUAGGUGGGAUACAGACGCAGUGAAGUCCAGGCACAAGGCAACGUACAUCCCAUUCGCAACCGGCCAGAGAAUGUGUAUUGGAUUCAACUUUGCACUCCAAGAGAUCAAAGUUUUCCUUCCUAAACUGAUCUAUCGAUACAAAUUCACUCGUGAAGGGGAUGGGCCUAUCGAAUAUGAUCCCAUGUUCCAAUUGAUUCGACCGAACAACCUUUUUGUUCGUGCACAGCGACGAGUCAAGUGGCCCCCGAGAACUGAAUCCCCAUGA